AUGGACGACUUGCCGGAGAAGUUGACUAUCACCGUCGACGAUAUCUUAAAUCAAAUCGUCUCCGCCGUCAACAACUUCUUCCAGUAUCUGAUUGAUGCAUUCAACAAGGAUUUCCCACCAGACACCCCUCGCCCCUGGUUCGACGUCGCCGCACCCUAUCUCAUAGCCGCCGCCGCCUUCAUCACGUGCCUGUGCGUCUCCCACUGCUUGUUCUGGUGCAUCUCCGCCGUUCUCAUCCACUGCUUCAACGCCUUAUGCUCACUCGGUCGGUGUUUGUGCUGCUUAAGAAGAUCAGAUUCGGAUGCAUAUAUGAUGAUGAUAGCACCGGGUAGAUCUCCAUUAAUGUUACCAAGGGCUGCUUUUGAAGCUAACCCUAGAGGUUACUUCCGUGACCUUCGUGGCCAGCCUAAUAAUUUUUCUUAUUCAGUAUAGUUACAUAUUCUGCGUUUGUGGUGGAUAAUGGAUUCCCUUUUUCAUCUGGUGUUCAUAGUUUCAAUUUAUGAUUUAAACAAAAAGAUCAUUAGAUUCUAGUCAAGUUGUGUGUUCCUAAAAUUCCAGGCUUAUCAACAAAACCCUGGUU